UUUCACAUCUGGUUAAUACACUCCUUGGUGCAUCUUGUAACAGAUUCCUGACCGUUCUGAAUUUCAUGAACAUUGAAUUUCAAGGGACUGAGGUAUGGCUGCUCAGUCAGGAGCAGCAGCUCAAAUUGCUGGUCCAAUGCAUGCCACAGCUGGGGCUAAGAAUGGAACUGACACAGAAAUGAAGAGGAAUCAUGGGGAUGAUAAGCCACCAUGUCUUAGUAGUGAUGCUCCAUGGAGAAAGUGUUUUUAUGAAAAGGUGCAGAAGAGGUGCCUGCGCCUGCAGAGGACAAAGGUGAAGAUUCUUCAUGCACAAAAGGUGAAAGAAGAAAAGAUAAAGAAGAGAGAACCCUGUGACUUGCUGCCCAGAGAGUGGUUCAGUGAAGAGAAAGAGUCACUUGAUACUCGUAUCUAUUUACUUGACAAACUCCUACCUACAUUAAUCCCAGGAGUGGAAAAUCUCUUAAUGGAAGUGGAAAGAAAGAAUGUGCUUGUACCAGACGAAGAAUCAAUCAAAUUUAACCCCAUCAAUUUUCUUGGAGAAUAUCUGAAGAGACAUGAUCCUCAGCAUGGUGUUCCUACAAAACCAAGCCCUUACCUCAGAGGAAUGAAAAUGGUCCUAGAGGAGCUAAAAGCUCAGGUGCCAGGUGCAGCAUUAGAAAGGCUUGCCAGGAUGAAGACUGAGGCAAAGAGCAAACGUAAGGAAAGGGAGGAGGUGGAAAAUACAAAGUCUGAGAUGAAAGAAAUGAGAAAGGAGCAGCUGGAAAUUCAGUUCAAAAAGUGGAGGGUGGAUGUCAGUGGCAGAGUACCACUUGCACUGGUUCAGAGUGCACUGAAAUCUUUUCCGGAUUUUGUUCCUUCUACUCCCAAAGAAGUGAGAGAAGCAAUCUAUGAGAGUAAUCUGGAGAUUGUAGACACAUUGGAAAAAAAAGUAAACAUAGAUGAAUUCAAAGAGUACAUCCAUUCCUACUCUGAACAUUUUUCAAAUGACAUCUUCCAAGAAAUCUUGAAGCAUCUCUGUCAGUGUGCUGAGGACUUUGAAAGAACAAUAAGACACGAUAUGUGGAGGCAGAUGUUUGUUGAUCUCUUCCUAGACUGUGAUAAUGGAAAGGUUGGUCUCUUAGACAGAAAAAAAGUACUUGCCUUGCUGGUAGAGUUCUAUGACAGAAGCCCAGAGCUUGCUAAGAGUGGAUUCUGUAACCCAAGACAGUGGCCAAUAAUUGAGCUGCAAGAGUUUGAGCUUGCAGAUUUAUCAGGGUGCCAUGAUGACCAGAAGGUUGAUGAGGAACUCAGUGAAAAGUUAGUCGUGUCUCAAACAGGAGGUUCUGAGGGAGAGGACAAUGUGCCAGCAGUGGAAAGCACUGAUUUUGAAGUUAGUGAUUUGGAUGGAGGUACAAUCCAGAGUGAGAAAUCCAGUUUUCAGGAAGGCAUCAUAACUGAAAGCCAAGAUGAGUCUUCAGGUGCAGACAGACAGGAGGAAGAUUUCCCAGGAUCAGCCUCUACUGAGUACAGUCUCAGCAGAGAUGGAGAACCUGGAUCUGAAAACCAGGUAGAGGAAGAGGAAUUUAGCCUGAAUACAGAGUCUAAUACAGAAACAAAGAGGGAAGAAGAUUACCAUAUGUCAGACAGAGAACCUGGCUCAGAAGAGCAAGUCAGUCAGGAGGACAAUUGGACUGCAGAGACAACUGAGACAAUUGCAGAACCAACACCUGAAGACAAAGCUGUGGCAGACAUGGAUUCAACACAGGAUGCUUCAGUUGCAGAGGUUGUGGGAGAAACUCCUUCAAGAAAAGAGAGUUUUUCUAGGCAGCAAGGUGAUGAGUUUGGCCAACAGACAAGUUCAGAGACAAGACCCCUGGAUGAGGACCUUCUGCAAGACCAGGAUAAAGACUUGCAUCCCAUCAUGGCAGAGAUUCAGAACCGUUUGGCUUCUUCUGCUAGGAGUGCCUUUGAUGAAAGCUGCCUCAGCCUGCCACGGUUUGUACAGCUCCUGGAGACAUUUGUUGGUGAAGAUGUUUCUCUGCCUACUCUGAAGAAACUUACUGCAUUUAUCAAAGAAGGAUACAAACAGACAGAGGAGGAAAAAACGCAGCAGCUAGAAAAAGUUCACCACACCUCUCUCUUGGCACAACGGAAACUGCUUUUGGAGGCACUUUUUGAAAAAUGGGACAAAAAUGCAUCUGGGCUUCUGGAACUAGAAGAGGUGAUUGCUGUUCUAAACACAUUCAAUGGAGGGAUGGAGAAAGAAGCCUUGGAGAAUGCAAAGAAGCACCUUUGCUCCCGUUACCCACAGCUCAGCCAAAUGGGAAAGUUAUCCUCAAAGGCAUUCCAGACUUUCCUUGAGUUAUUUGCUUCUGAGCUCACUGGCAAUGAGGAUGAAGCUAUUGAUAACCUGGUGGAAUUUCUGACCAGGAGCGUGAAACGAAGUCACACAGAGUGUGUGCAAAGCUUAACCAGGAGGAAAUGGCUGCACAGCAUCCAGCAAGCAGCUGAGACCAGCCAAGCAAGCAUGGAACCAGUUUACAAAGCAGUGUUCAAGGCCAUCUCCCAGGAUGCAGAAACCCAUGGGGGUAACAAGAAGAUCAGUGCAUAUAUUGCCCUUUUGGAAGAGAACCAGCUCUCACCAGAGCGGGGACAGUUUUUCCUACACUAUGUGGCAUGUACUGCAGAUGACGCUCCAUAUGUUCUAAACCAGAUACUUUACAGAGACAUGAAAGGAGUAAGCUUCACAGCUGUUGAAGAGGGAAAGCCAGUCUAUAUUUCAAGAGUUCAGCAUCAUGAAAAUAUCCACUUCUGGCAGGGUGACCGCCCAGUGGCAGAGAGAAUUGGUGCAUUCCUGGUACUGCCAUUGCACGAUGCUCACUGGAGAGUCUUUGGCAUUAUGGGAUUUGACACUCUUCAGGAGCAGAGUGAGAAAGCCUUCAUUCUGACCCACGAGAUCAAUUUUUACCAGGGAGUUUCUCGUGCAUUCAGCAAAGCCUACCACCACAUCUGCACCAUGGAAAAUAUUUUACAAAUGACUGUUACUGCUCUGGACUGGUUGUAUUCCUGGGCACCCAGCAUCCACACUGUUACUGUGUACCUGGUGGAGCCUGGUGAAGACAAGACAUGUGGCUAUACUGUGCACAAGAUGAUUACUACAGAUAACACGGGACAUAAAGAAAUUCAUAACCCUCCUGUUCUUCUCCUCAGAAAAGACAACAUCUUAAGUGAUUUCCUGUUUAAGUGCAUAAACAGUUCAGAGGUGAUUUGCACUUCUGCCUAUGGAGAGCACCACAUUGCAGUACCUCUCCGUGACCUGUCAGGACAAGUUCUUGCCUUAUAUGAUAUAAGCAUUGGACACAACCAGGAAUUACCACCUCAUGAACAGAAAAAUCUGCAGAAAAUGCUAAAGAUAGCCCAAGCUGCCUGCUUUGAGAUACUGAAGAUGUACUUGGAGGGAACAGAACCCAGCUAUGUACUAGAGGCAGAACACAUAGGAAAUUGGAGGAAUGCAGGGAUUCUGUUCCACCGGUUCAUGCUGCAGGACCUGCGUGAGUGCAUCCAGAAACUGAGUCCUGAGAGUUUUGCUGAAAUAAGGAGCUGUGUAGAACCACCAGCUCUGGUUCAUAACAUAGUGAAGGCUGUGCUGUUGCUUUUCCAUCCGGACUGGAAGGGCUCAGAGGAGACUGAGGACUGGAGUCAGUGUAUACUGAAACUCGAUGACAAUUUGAUUCAGGAGAUUUAUUGCUUUGAUCCAACUGCUGCAUCUGUGCAAAUUCAAGCAGAGCUGCUGCUGGACUGCAUUACUGGUGUCUCCAGAGCAGCAGUGUGUCAGCACGGCUCGGUUCCAGCCGAGUACCUGUACCAGUGGGUUCACGCAUGCCUGGCACUAGCAGAGAUCACCAGGAGCCUGCACAGUAAAAAAGCUCCAUCUCAAGCCCCCUUUGGCAUCCAAUUAUAG